UACUACAGCACCAUCCAGCAGGAAAACAAAGCUACAGCUACAGGGGGUGCGGUCUUUCCUGUCGUCGAGAACGGAAGCGGAAGUUCGGCCAUCUCCUCGUACACUCAGCUACAGCAGUUUUCAUCUCCCUAUGCCCGAGGUUUUGGGAUCCAAUGUUGCCACGGGAUGAAACAGACAAAUUGAGACAUAGCACUCCGUGAAUGAGUGGCUCACAAGCCAGAAAAAACGAAAAGAUACCGAGAGGAGAGACCCUUAUUCUGCAUCAUUCUUGUGUAACAGAUUGCAACAGAACUCGACGGCCAGACCGUUGCCAUGUCGACCUCAUCGCUACGGCGACAAGUAAAGAACAUCGUCCACAACUAUUCAGAGGCUGAAAUCAAGGUUAGAGAGGCGACAUCCAAUGACCCAUGGGGCCCCAGCAGCUCUCUGAUGUCAGAGAUUGCUGAUCUCACCUACAAUGUCGUGGCCUUCUCAGAAAUCAUGAGCAUGGUGUGGAAGCGCCUCAAUGACCACGGCAAGAACUGGAGACAUGUGUACAAGGCUAUGACUCUUAUGGAGUACCUGAUCAAGACGGGUUCAGAACGUGUUGCCCAACAGUGCCGAGAGAACAUAUACGCAGUCCAAACCCUCAAGGAUUUUCAGUACAUAGACAGGGACGGCAAAGACCAGGGGGUGAAUGUGCGAGAGAAAGCCAAACAGCUGGUGACGCUGCUGAAAGAUGAAGAGAGACUAAGAGAGGAGAGGAUCCACGCCCUCAAAACCAAAGAGAAGAUGGCACAGACCUCCAGUGGUGAGCUGGCCUCCUCAGCUCCCUCAGCACCCAGCCUGGGGGGCAGCCUGUCAGUGGGCUCCCACUCUGGAGGGGCAGACCCUGAGCAGGCCUGGCCACAGAGCACCGGAGAGGAAGAUCUGCAACUCCAGCUGGCUUUAGCCAUGAGUAAAGAAGAGGCCGAGCAGGUUUGCUCUCAUCAUGUAACACCUGACCUCCCCCAGACUAGCAAGGACCCUCUGGAGGACGCAGAGAUCCGCUAUGCAAUCACACUCAGCAAAGAGAUGCAACAAAAGGAAGAGCGGCUGCGCAGAGGUGAUGACCUGAGACUGCAGAUGGCCCUCGAGGAGAGCAGGAGGGAGAAGACCAAGCCUGAGGACGGUGCUCUGAUGGAGCUGGGUGCCGUGGACCCCUGGGGGGCUUCCGCUGCUGCUGCCUCCGCCACUGUGGGCUCUGCUGGCCCCUCGCCUCCACCCACGAUUCCUGCCCCUGCUGCCUCAGGUCCAUGGGGCACAGCCCCCGCAGACCCAUGGGGGGUAGCGUCACCCACGUCUCCUACAAGCUCUGACCCCUGGGGUGGGGGAGCUCCACCCUCUAUAGCCCCCCCUCCAGACCCCUGGGGAGAGACGUCCAACAGAGUUAACAACGUCGACCCCUGGGGGAGCUCAGCUGUGACCCCCCCCAGUGCCGACCCCUGGGGCCCCCCAAUGCCACCCAGCACGUCCUCUUCGGGGGGGCCAGUAGACCCCUGGGCAAGGGACGGGCCUCUCCCUGCCUCUGACCUUAUCACCUCCGACAUCUGGAGUGGCACCGCCAAACACACAAACGGCACAGGAGACCCAGAGCGACGAGGGUCCCCAGCAACAGGCUGUGACAGUACAGGCUCACCGGUGCCCUUUGACCUGUCAUCUCUUGGUUCUUCACUUCCUGUUCGUAAGACUCCCGAGUCCUUCCUCGGCCCCAACGCAGCGCUGGUGGAUCUCGAUUCCCUGGUGUCGUCUAAACCUAAACCCAAACAGCCGCCGCCUCCUUCCAUCUCUUCCUCUUCAGCGCACAACCCCUUCCUCCAGAACACAGGCUCAUCUCCUGCUCCUGGCAUGGCGGUGACGCCGGGCAGCACCAUUUCCAGUCGGGGGGUUUCUCCAAUACCUGCCUCCUCCAACCCUUUCGGUGUGGCUCCACAAAUGACCUCCAUCUCACCUCAGCCCUCAUCACUUGGCCUGAGUGGUCUCCGCUCCAGUCCUGUGCCUCCCAAUCCCAUGCUGGGCAUGGUGCCACCAGGAAUGGGCAUGGGGCCAAUGAGUGUGGGUAUGGGGGCUCCAGGAAUGGGCCUGGGCAUGAUGCAGGCCAGCCCCAUGGGCAUGCCCUACAGCGGCCUCUCGCCUAUGGCACCCCCGGGCUCGUCUCUGUUGGGGCCCGGAGUCGCAGCACCUCCUCAGCUGAUUUUGGGUGGGCCCGGUGGAACAGGAGGAGUGAUGGGAGCAGGAGGAUCAAUGGGAGGCGGAGGAACGACGGGAGCGAGCACCAACCCUUUUCUCCUUUGAGGAAGUGUCACCACUACUUUGCUCACCUGUUUCAACCUCCUCUGUCGUACCUGCUGCCCCCUCCAUUCAUCCCCCCUCAACACAAUUUGUGUCCAAAAAGAAAAAUGUGUACAUCUCUAUAUUUAAAGAAAAAAAGAAAAAAUCAAAAAUUCUGUUUAUCUUUUCCUUCGAAAGCAUUAUUUCAUUUCAGAAUAAUUUUCCACAUUUAGUUCCUUUUCAUUUCAUUAUGGGUUGUUUGUGGGUGGGAAAUAGAGAUCUAUUUAUUUUUGUUUUAAUCCUCUUAUGUUAUGUAUUGUUCUUCAUAUUGUGUUUUUCUUUUUAGUCCUGUCUUGAGAUGAAGGUAAGUCUGUGAGAGCAGGAGGCUUUUUCAGUAGUGUCACUCUACUCUGUUGUAAUAUUACUGCACUGAGAGAGAGAGGUGGAGGGAGAGGGGACUUAGCCACUAACAAACUGAACAGAGAAACUGUUGUACCUGCCUCUUCCUCUUCUCUCCCUCUAGAACGAAGACAAACACUGAAUCACUGAAUCACUGAAACGAAACGAAUGCAUGAAGGAUGAUUUUUAAAAAACUCCAGACUGAGAUACGGACUGAAAAACCUGCAUUAACAUUUCAGGCACAAUGUGGUCAAAUCGUUUCAACUAUUUCACUUUUAAUUUAAUUUAAUGUUAAAUUUAAUUUAUUUUUUUCCAAUUUUUGGGAACGAAUAAACAAGGAAAAAUCACACGAUGAUGCCAUUUCAAUCAAAUGCUUAUUUUUCCCACCCUUCCUUAUUAUUGUAGAAAAACUAAAGAGAGUUCCGACAUCUGUGGUCUGAUGGGUAAAAAUGUUGGGAUGUGUGUUGAAUGUGUGUGUUUGCAGCAAUGUGCGGAUGAGAAUAUGAAUGCUCAUUUGUGAGUAUGCAAUAGUGCAAAUGCCUGUUUCUGUGUAUAUGUAUCAAUAUGUGUCUCCAUUUUCCCUGUGUCCAAUCUUAUUUCAGUGACUCAGAAAGGAAGAAAUGACAUCCAUUAUUUUUGUUUUUAAAAAUUGUCACUUGUAUUAAUACUAUGUAAUGUUGGGAUUUCAAAUGAGGUAUUAUAAGGGUCACACAUUUCUCUGCCAAUCAUAUUUCGAACUUUUUUUUUUUGUCAAUCAGAAGCAUUAGUUUUUUUCCAAUCACACAUUUUAUCUGGGAUCCCUGGUGUCCAGGCGUCCCAGAGCACCACUGUCCACCUGUUUCAUCCCUCGUUCCUUCGGGGAGGGAGAGUACCGAUGCUUCUUUAAAAAAAAAAGACAAUUAUUUCAACGAAUGAAAGGAAGGAAAAAAAACUGGGACUUGACGACAUGCUCCAUGCUGUUCUUUUAAUUUAGUUUGAUGAAUUUAUUGUUAUUUUAUAUCAACAAGAAAAAUAUCUCUUUUAUCGGGUAAGGUUGAAUUUUGUGUGGUGAUGACUGUGAACAUUCACAUUUGAAAAGUAAAAUGGAAAAAAAAAUCAAAAGGAAUUUAUGAAAUAAAACAAAAACACAG